AUGCCAUUGCCAACUCUUUGGGUCAACAUGCAGCAAUGGAUAUGCCAGGCCUCGCUACCUACCCAGACUUCUUUGCUGCUGCUCUCAUCAUGCUGUUGGCAGGCAAGUGCUAUUAUCAGAAAGGUUUAAUGGGGCAAAAUAACUGGUCAAUGGUGACAGUAAAUAACUAUAUAUAUACAGUGCCAGUCAAAGGUUUGGACACACCUACUCAUUCAAGGGUUUUUCUUUAUUUUUACUAUUUUCUACAUUGUAGUAUAAUAGUGAAGACAUCAAAACAAUGACAUAACACAUAUGGAAACAAAAAAGUGUUAAACAAAUCAAAAUAUAUUUUAUGUUUGAGAUUCUUCAAAUAGCCACCCUUUGCCUUGAUGCGUUUGAGCCAAUCAGUUGUGUUGUGACAAGGUAGGGGGGGUAUACAGAAGAUAGCCCUAUUUGGUAAAAGACCAAGUCCAUUUUAUGGCAAGAACAGCUCAAAUAAGCAAAGAGAAACGACAGUCCAUCAUUACUUUAAGACAUGAAGGUCAGUCAAUAUGGAACAUUUCAAGAAUUUUGAAAGUUUCUUCAAGUGCCGUCCCAAAAACCAUCAAGCGCUAUGAUGAAACUGGCUCUCAUGAGGACCGCCACAGGAAUGGAAGACCCAGAGUUACCUCUGCUGCAGAGGAUAAGUUCAUUAGAGUUACCAUCCUCAGAAAUUGCAGCCCAAAUAAAUGCUUCACAGAGUUCAAGUCACAGACACAUCUCAACAUCAACUGUUCAGAGGGGACUGUGAGAAUCAGGCAUUCAUGGUCAAAUUGCUGCAAGGAAACCACUACUAAAGGACACCAAUAAGAAGAAGAGAUUUGCUUGGGCCAAGAAACACGAGCAAUGGUUGGAAAUCUGUCCUUUGGUCUGGAGUCCAAAUUUGAGAUUUUUGGUUCCAACCGCCGUGUCUUUGUGAGACGUGGUGUGGGUGAACGGAUGAUAUCCGCAUGUGUUUUUCCCACCAUAAAGCAUGGAGGAGGAGGUGUUAUGGUGUGGGGGUGCUUUGCUGGUGACACUGUCUGUAAUUUAUUUAGAAUUCAAGGCACACUUAACCAGCAUGGCUACCACAGCAUUCUGCAGCGAUACGCCAUCCCAUCUGGUUUGGGCUUAGUGGGACUACCAUUUGUUUUUCAACAGGACAAUGACCCAACACACCUCCAGACUGUGUAAGGGCUAUUUGACCAAGAAGGAGAGUGAUGGACCUGGCCUCCACAAUCCCCCGACCUCAACCCAAUUGAGAUGGUUUGGGAUGAGUCGGAUGGCAGAGUGAAGGAAAAGCAGCCAACAAGUGCUCAGCAUAUGUGGGAACUCCUUCAAGACUGUUGGAAAAGUGUUCCAGGUGAAGCUGGUUGAGAGAAUGCCAAGAGUGUGCAAACCUGUCAUCAAGGCAAAGGGUGGCUAUUUGAAGAAUCUCAAAUAUAAAAUAUACUUUGAUUUGUUGAAUACUUUUUUGGUUACUACAUGAUUCCAUAUGUGUUAUUUCAUAGUUUUGAUGUCUUCACUAUUAUUCUACAAUGUAGAAAAUAGUAAAAAUAAAGAAAAACCCUUCAAUGAGUAGGUGUGUCCAAACUUUUGACUGGUACUGUGUGUAUAUAUAUAUAUAUAUAUAUAUAUAUAUAUAUAUAUAUAUAUAUAUUAAUAUAUAUAUACAGUGGGGGGAAACAGUAUUUAGUCAGCCACCAAUUGUACCAGUUCUCCCACUUAAAAAGAUGAGAGAGGCCUGUAAUUUUCAUCAUAGGUACACGUCAACUAUGACAGACAAAUCGAGAAAAAGAAAUCCAGAAAAUCACAUUGUAGGAUUUUUAAUGAAUUUAUUUGCAAAUUAUGGUGGAAAAUAAGUAUUUGGUCACCUACAAACAAGCAAGAUUUCUGGCUCUCACAGACCUGUAACAACUUCUUUAAGAGGCUCCUCUGUCCUCCACUCGUUACCUGUAUUAAUGGCACCUGUUUGAACUUGUUAUCAGUAUAAAAGACACCUGUCCACAACCUCAAACAGUCACACUCCAAACUCCACUAUGGCCAAGAUCAAAGAGCUGUCAAAGGACACCAGAAACAAAAUUGUAGACCUGCACCAGGCUGGGAAGACUGAAUCUGCAAUAGGUAAGCAGCUUGGUUUGAAGAAAUCAACUGUGGGAGCAAUUAUUAGGAAAUGGAAAGACAUACAAGACCACUGAUAAUCUCCCUCGAUCUGGGGCUCCACGCAAGAUCUCACCCCGUGGGGUCAAAAUGAUCACAAGAACGGUGAGCAAAAAUCCCAGAACCACACGGGGGGACCUAGUGAAUGACUUGCAGAGAGCUGGGACCAAAGUAACAAAGCCUACCAUCAGUAACACACUACGCCGCCAGGGACUCAAAUCCUGCAGUGCCAGACGUGUCCCCCUGCUUAAGCCAGUACAUGUCCAGGCCCGUCUGAAGUUUGCUAGAGUGCAUUUGGAUGAUCCAGAAGAGGAUUGGGAGAAUGUCAUAUGGUCAGAUGAAAACAAAAUAUAACUUUUUGGUAAAAACUCAACUCGUCGUGUUUGGAGGACAAAGAAUGCUGAGUUGCAUCCAAAGAACACCAUACCUACUGUGAAGCAUGGGGGUGGAAACAUCAUGCUUUGGGGCUGUUUUUCUGCAAAGGGACCAGGACAACUGAUCCGUGUAAAGGAAAGAAUGAAUGGGGCCAUGUAUUGUGAGAUUUUUAGUGAAAACCUCCUUCCAUCAGCAAGGACAUUGAAGAUGAAACGUGGCUGGGUCUUUCAGCAUGACAAUGAUCCCAAACACACCGCCCGGGCAACGAAGGAGUGGCUUCAUAAGAAGCAUUUCAAGGUCCUGGAGUGUUCUAGCCAGUCUCCAGAUCUCAACCCCAUAGAAAAUCUUUGGAGGGAGUUGAAAGUCCGUGUUGCCCAGCGACAGCCCCAAAACAUCACUGCUCUAGAGGAGAUCUGCAUGGAGGAAUGGGCCAAAAUACCAGCAACAGUGUGUGAAAACCUUGUGAAGACUUACAGAAAAAGUUUGACCUGUGUCAUUGCCAACAAAGGGUAUAUAACAAAGUAUUGAGAAACUUUUGUUAUUGACCAAAUACUUAUUUUCCACCAUAAUUUGCAAAUAAAUUCAUUAAAGAUCCUACAAUGUGAUUUUCUGAACUUUCUUUUUUACAUUUACAUUUUUUACAUUUUAGUCAUUUAGCAGACGCUCUUAUCCAGAGCGACUUACAGUUAGUGAAUACAUUUUUUUUUUUAUACUGGCCCCCCGUGGGAAUCGAACCCACAACCCUGGUGGUGCAAACGCCAUGCUCUAUCAACUGAGCUACAUCCCUGCCGGCCAUUCCCUCCCCUACCCUGGACGACGCUGGGCCAAUUGUGCGCCGCCCAUGAGUCUCCCGGUCGCGGCCGGCUGCGACAGAGCCUGGAUUCGAACCAGGAUCUCUAGUGGCACAGUUAGCACUGCGAUGCAGUGCCUUAGACCACUGCGCCACUCAGGAGUAACAACAGUUUUUGACAGCUCUUUGGUCUUGGCCAUAGUGGAGUUUGGAGUGUGACUGUUUGAGGUUGUGGACAGGUGUCUUUUAUACUGAUAACAAGUUCAAACAGGUGCCAUUAAUACAGGUAACGAGUGGAGGACAGAGGAGCCUCUUAAAGAAGUUGUUACAGGUCUGUGAGAGCCAGAAAUCUUGCUUGUUUGUAGGUGACCAAAUACUUAUUUUCCACCAUAAUUUGCAAAUAAAUUCAUUAAAAAUCCUACAAUGUGAUUUUCUGGAUUUCUUUUUCUCAUUUUGUCUGUCAUAGUUGACGUGUACCUAUGAUGAAAAUUACAGGCCUCUCUCAUCUUUUUAAGUGGGAGAACUUGCACAAUUGGUGGCUGACUAAAUAUUUUUUUUCCCCACUGUGUAUAUAUAUAUAUAGUAUACUAUAUAAGGAGCUUACAUAAUGUAUCACUUCCAUAGGGAUCCUUGCAUUUGGCGUUAAAGAGUCUGCUAUUGUGAAUAAGGUUUUCACAGCAGUUAAUACAGUGGUGUUGGGGUUUGUUAUCAUCGCUGGCUUCAUCAAAGGUGACAUUAACAACUGGUACAUUAGUGAGGACACUAUCCUGAACAUAACAACAAAUGGGUAUGAAGUUUUUUUACUUUUAAUCCCAGCACUAUUAUGAAAUACGAUGUAAGUGUUCUAAUGAAUUACAGUAAAUUGAAAUUCAAAUAACAUGAAGUGUGUCAUUCCCCUUCAGAAACUUCACAUCGGCACUAAAUGAAACAACAAAUUACGGUGUUGGUGGCUUCUUCCCCUUUGGUGUUGAGGGAACAUUGGCAGGAGCUGCAACCUGUUUUUACGCCUUUGUUGGAUUUGACUGCAUAGCCACAACAGGUAACUGUUGUAUAAUUGUGCUGAAAACCUUGGGCAUUUUAGAAUGAUCAAUAGUAGAAUCAAUGAUGCCAUUGUCUCAUCUGUAUGUAUAACAUCUGUAUGUGUAAUCUCCCAGGGGAGGAGGUGCAGAACCCUCAGAAGUCCAUCCCUCUGGGCAUCGUAGCAUCCCUGCUGAUCUGUUUCCUGGCUUACUUUGGCGUGUCGGCAGCCCUGACCCUCAUGAUGCCCUAUUGCAUGCUCAGCGUCAAUAGCCCAUUACCUGUGGCCUUUACAUACAUCGGCUGGGGCCCUGCAAAGUACGCUGUGGCUGUAGGCUCCCUCUGUGCACUUUCAACAAGGUAUGGUAUGGUAUUAUAUAUAAUUACAGAAGUUGUCCCCCGUAGUGUCAUUUGUAAAGUUUAUGUGGUGGAUUGUAAAUAUGGUAUUAUAUAUAAUUACAGAAGUUGUCCCCUGUAUUGUCAUUUGUAAAGUUUAAGUGGUGGAUUGUAAAUGGUGUGUUGGUUUUGCAGUCUUCUAGGAUCCAUGUUUCCCAUGCCCCGGGUCCUUUUUGCGAUGGCCAGGGACGGGCUGCUCUUCAAGCCACUCAGUAACAUGAGUUCUCGACAAAGUCCUGUGGUAGCCACUCUAUCUUCUGGUGUUGUGGCAGGUAAAGCUGCUGAGCAGCACAAUAUCAUCAAGCCUAGGUCAUCGAACUAUGUAUUGACAUUUUAAAAUGCAGAUGCUGUUCCUUGUUUGGUUGGUAUUCACAAUGUACUAUGUUAUCAACUUUUUGUUUUUGCAGCAAUCAUGGCUCUAUUAUUUGACCUGAAGGCACUUGUGGACAUGAUGUCAAUUGGAACACUCUUUGCCUACACUCUUGUAGCAAUAUGUAUUCUCAUAUUGAGGUAUGCUUGAUUGAUCUGAACGGAGACAUUUUACACAAUAUGAUUUAACACCAGAGCAUGUAUGCAUUUUAUCUGGUUACUGUGUAUGCGUUUAGGUACCAACCAGAUCUCGGUGAGGAGUCCAGUGAUAAUACAUCUGAAUCAUUUUCGAUGAUAGAGGCCCUAAACCCUCCUUCUCAGCCCAAUGCUCAAACCUCUAAAAAUGUAUCCAUGUUCACAGUCUUUAUCAGUGAGUGAUUUUCUUUAUAUCCUGUUUCCUUUUAUAUCCAGUCUCAUACUGUCUUAGAGGUCUGACACAUUUGCUUUAUCCUCCCCAGUCCUUUUAGCAAUUAUUCUGAGCGUUGUCCUGACCAAGGCUGUGGAUUCCCUGAUGAACCAGGAGUGGUGGAGCAUUUUAAUCGUCUCUGUGAUCCUUUUGAUGCUGGUCCUCACUGUUUUCAUCAUCUGGAGACAGCCUCAGAAUACAACAAAAGCUGCUUUUAUGGUAACAUUUCAGUUGACUCUUGAUCUACAGUACAGUGGUAUGAAACCAUUGCGUCAAAGCUUAACUUAGAUUCUCUGCAAUUUUGACCCAUUUUGUUUGUUAUCUCUGCAGGUUCCUUUUAUACCAGCACUUCCUAUUGUGAGUACAUUUGUCAAUGUCUAUCUGAUGGUUCAGUUGGGAGGAGACACAUGGAUUCGCUAUGCUGUUUGGAUGGCAGUGGGUAAGGAACCUAGGAACCCACUGGGCACACACUGGUUGAAUCAAUGUUAUUUCCACGUCAUUUCAAUUAAAUUAAGUUCAACCAACGUGGAAUAGAUGUUGAAUUGACUUCUUCAACAAUGCAUACAAUGACAUUUAAAAAUAAAUGAUGUCAUGCCAUUGUAUGAAAAUGAUUAGUGACAUUGUAUUUCUUCACAGGGUUAUUGAUCUACUUCUGUUAUGGAGUUCAUCACAGUGUGCAAAAGCAAAGGCUGGAAAAUGCACACAAUCAGGUCAACAUCCAAAGUCUUAACACAAAUAUGGGAUAAAACUUUGUGACGGAUGAGGAUUCCUGUGGCCCUGAUAUCUGACCUGGAAUUGGAAUAAAAGAUUUCAAAAGAAGGGAAACAUCAAUCCAUUGAUAUUACCAUAUAAAGCUGUUUUGAUUUGAAAGGGGCAUUCCAUAACAUACCCUACUGCUAAUCACUCAUUUUAACUCUUGAAAUAUAUACCCCUUGAAUUUUAACAACAAGGUGCAUAGUUUGCAUAAACCAGCUCAGGUUAUCAUGUGAACAAUUUUAUAUUUGAAGGUGUUGCCCUGACACUUUGUUUUAAACAGAAAAUCAUGUGGAUUGAGCUUUACAUAAAACCACUUGUCGUGAUGAAUUUUAAAUAAACUUUUACUUAAAUCAUGUAACAAGAGGCCAGUAAUGUAACCAACAUGAACAAACUUUUACAAAUAUAUAUAUAUAUAUAUAU